CCCCGUGCCGCUGCCCGCACCCAGUGGUGCUCCAUUCGCCGCCAAUGGCGUCGGCGAUGUGUACCGAGCCGGUACCCGCCGAAUCAUCGAGUCCUUUCGUGUCUGGAACGUCCGUGUCGACGGUAGCAACUGCUCAGGCGGUAUCAUGGCCAGCGAGUGCUCCGCAUCUGGGACUAUCGUCUGUGAUGCAUCGCCCGCAAUUGGCAGACUGGCUAUGACCGGCAUGCUCCGGCGGGCACGCUGUUUGUGUGCAUCUUUAAUCAGCUGUGCGUCGCCAACACCUAUUGGCACUGCACUGCUGCUGUAAACCUCGGUGCCACUGCAUGACUGCCUGUUUGACGGCACCACUGCCGGUCCUGCUGGCCUGCGCUUGCUGCCUGACCCGGUUGAUUUGCGCGCCGACAGCCAUUUCUUCAGCACACCACCACUCUGCAGCCCGCUUUUACGCCCACCACCCCGCACGUCAUCACCCCCGCUUACAAAUGACAGGAACACCAUCCGCUGCUAUUGGUCUUGACGCUCAAAAACGCACACCUGGAGACUAUUCGUUCCUAUAGCUAAUAACGCAAUUCAAUAGAAAUUGCAAUACCUCAAUGGGCUGUCGAUGAUAUGAAAAUAAUUACAAAUAUGCACCAAUAUGAAAACGCUAGACAUGCAGAAUGCCAAGAUGAAAGAUGAAAAAACUGGAUAAAGCUUUCUUGUGCAAAUGAAAAGUGGAUUGGAGAGGGAAA